AUGAAUAAACAAAACCAUCGAUACUGGGAUGACACAAACCCACACUGGUCACGUGAAACUAAUUUUCAAACGGUCUGGGGAAUUAAUGUAUGGUGUGGGUUAGUUGGUGGAAAGCUAAUAGGACCGUUCUCUUAUGAUGGUACACUUAAUGGCAGACGAUACCUUAAUUUUUUAACCAAUGAACUACCAACACUGUUGGACGAUGUUUCAUUAGACACACGAGAUUUUAUGUUUUUCCAGCAAGAUGGAGCACCAGCCCACAAUGCAAUUAUUGUUAGACGACAUUUAGAUCAAAUAUUUCCGAAUCGCUGGAUUGGUACUUUUGGCGUCAUUCCUUGGCCUGCACRAUCMCCAGAUUUAACGCCAUUGGAUUUCUUUUUAUGGGGUUAUUUGAAGACUGUGGUUUAUGCAGAUCCACCUGUCAAUCUUCAGUUAUUCAGUUCUGUCUAUUUUAAGUGA